AUGGCCCGAUUUGUCACCCCUAAAAUUAUGCCUCCUAAGUAUUUAUCUGGUAGUCAAAAACGUAAAAAGAGAAAAAGAAUUGAAGACCCAACAAAGGCUAAUAGUGGAGAUCAAAUUAAUGAUGUUAAUGUUGAUAAUGUUAAUGUCAAUGGAGAUCGUGUUGAUGUUGAUGAUGGUGAUGACAUUGAAGACGAUGUUGUUGCUGCUGCUGCUACUAAGCAGGUGAAAAGUUUGGUAGAGAAAGGUCCUAAAAGAGAUAAUACUAUUGAUAAGGGUCCACCUGAUAGAUUUUCUAGACGGUUUUCUGCAACUAUAAAAGGGAUCCUGAAAGGUCAAUUGGAUAGUGAAGGUUAUGUAGAUUGGCAACAUCUUAGUACAAGACUUAAAGAGCAUGAAGUUGGUAUAGAUCAUCUCACAAAUUUAGCUACUUGGUUUGAAAUGCGAGAAAUAUUGAAAGUUAAUGAAACAAUUGAUAAAAGUGCAUUUCGUGGAACAAAUGAAAAAUUAUAUCAAAAAAGUAACGGAAACUUUCUUGGAGCGAUUGAGAUGUUUGAAGAGUUUGACCUGGUUAUGAAAGAGCAUGUGCGUCGUAUCAAAAAUGAUGAGAUCCAUGUACAUUAUCUUGGCCACAAGAUCCAAAAUGAGGUGAUACUUUUACUAGCUGAUGAAAUUAAACGAGAAAUCAUUAAAAAAGUAAAGGAAGCAAAAUAUUACUCUAUCAUUCUUGAUUGUACCCCUGAUACAAGUCACCAAGAACAAAUGUCUUUGAUAGUGAGGUAUGUAAAUUUCUCCUCUAAUGAUGUUACUGUUGAAGAAUCAUUUUUAGGUUUUUUGAAUGUUAAUGAUACCACUGGUAAAGGGCUCUUUGAUAUUACACACGAUGAAUUAAAAUCUCUUGGUCUUGAUAUUGAUGAUAUGUGGGGGCAAGGCUAUGACAAUAGAUCAAACACGAGAGGAAAACAUCAAGGAGUUCAAAAGAGAUUUUUGGACAUAAAUUCUAGGGCAUUUUAUACUCCAUGUGAUUGUCAUAGUCUUAAUCUUGCACUUUUGACUCCAAAGCCAUUGUCUGCCACUCAGUGGGAAAGUCGUGUUGAUAGUGUGAAGGCAAUUAGACAACAACUUCCGGAUUUAAGAGAAGAUUUACUUGAAGUUGCGGAAAAAAACAACGAUGCUAAAAUCCAAAGUGAAGCUAAAUCAAAAGAUAUUGUACAUGAUAUGCUUCUCGAUGUUGCUAUUAACGAAGUGAAUAUGCUAAUUGAGUACUUUAAGGAGUUUAGAGAAACAAGGUUCUACAAGGCGAUUGAUGAUGCGAAGGAACUUUCCAUUGAAAUGAAUAUUGAUCUGGUAUUCUCUCAAAAGCGGCCGGUUAGUAGAAAAAAACAAUUUGAUGAGAAUUCAACGAGUGCUUCUCUUAAAACAAGAUUUCAACAAUACAAAGAGUAUGAAAAUGUUUUUGGUUUCUUGUUUCCAAAAAAAUUGAAGGAAUUUGAUGUCAAAAAUCUCAAGUCAUGUUGUAACCGUCUCGAAGCCGCACUUAAGUUUGGUGAACAAUCAGAUAUCGAUUCUCAUGAACUUUAUAUGGAGUUAAAGCUGCUUGAUAUGUUCUUACCGAGUGAAAUUAUGAGCCCUAUUGAUGUUUUAAAGUAUAUGAAAAAAGUCGAAUGUUUUCCUAAUGUAAUUAUUGCAUACAAAACCUUGUUGACUAUUCCCGUAACGGUCGCGUCUGCAGAAAGAAGUUUUUCAAAGCUAAAGUUGUUGAAGUCCUACCUACGGUCCACAAUGUCACAAGAAAGACUUAAUGAACUGGCGAUAAUAGCUAUUGAGAACGUUAUAUUACAGACUAUUGAUUAUGAAGAGUUGGUGAACAAUUUUGCUUCCAAGAAUGCUAGGAGAGUCUCGCGAUUCAUGUAG